AGUUCUGAUUGUUUCUUUUCAAAUCAGAAACCAUGACAAAGAACAAGACAAAGCUUACCAUUCAAAGCUUCCAUCAAAUGGCAAGCUUGGUAUCGGUUAAGCUAUCAAGUGCAAACUGCCUCCUUCGGAAAUCACAAGUUUAUCCAUUGAUCCGGAGUGCUCAACUCAUUGAUCAUCUUGAAGAAGAGGCUCCAGCGUUGACUAUCUCCAAGAAUGCGAAGGAAGAGUCUAAUCCAGAAUUUGAAAAUUGGCUGAACAAUGAUGGCCUUCUAACUAGCUGGUUGCUUGGUACCAUGAAUGAAGAAGCAUUGAGCAUGGUAGUUGGUUGUGAAUCAACUUUCCAGAUUUGGAGGUGUCUUGAGGAACAUUACUUGGCUUCCAAAAAGGAGCAAGAAUUACAUUUAAAAGGCCUACUAGCAGUGAAAAGAAGUGAUGGUGAAUCUCUUGAAGACUUUGAGAAAAAAUUUAAAAACACCCGUGAUCAAUUAGCUGCAAUCCGUAAACCUCUCGAUGAUUUGGAUAAGGUAUUUCAACUCUCUAGAGUUGUAGAAUCAAGGUACCAGCCUUAUAACCUUGCAGUCCUAUCAAAGGCUCCAUAUCCAACCUUCAAUCAGUACACAACAGGCUUACAGAAUAAUGAGAGGGACUUAUAAGCAGCAGAACAGGAGAACAAAGAUAAAACUCCAGUUUAUGCUCAAACAUUUAUGGCACACAAGGGGAAAGGAAAUGAAGGCAGAAGCUACAGUGGUAGAUACUUCAACUCUAGGGGCAGAGGUUUUGUUCAAGCUGGAAAUUACAAUUGGUUUGGUAACCAACGAACUGGAAAUUACAACUCAUUUGGUAACCACAAGAACUUCAUAGCCAAUAACAAUCCUUUAUCACAACAGAAUAUGCCACAAAAGUUUCAGCAACAAAAAAGGCUCAAUCAACAAGGAGAGAAGCCGUGUCAAAUUUGUGGAAUUGUAGGACAUACUGCUUUAAAAUGUUGGUACAGGUUUGAUCAUGCAUAUUAGAGUGAGGAACUACCUCAAGUCCUUGCAACCAUGACUCUAUUGGAGAAAAAAGAUCAAAAUACCUAUGUGGACACAGGUGCAACUGAUCGCAUGACCUCAGAUGCAGGACCAAGUAACACAGACGGUGUUGGCUAGAGGCACUAAAAAGGGGCAGCUUUAUGCAUUGGAAGAGGAACAAAAGCAUGUUUUAGUAGCUAUCUCAAAUAAAGCUACUGAUUCUAUAUGGCAUCAGAGGCUAGGACAUCUAAAUUCCAGCACUCUAAAAACUCUUGUUUCAAAAAAAGAGCAUCUCUAUUUCGAAUUGGACAAAACCUUCCUAUUUGUACACUAGUUGUCAAAUGGGGGAGAGUUGUAAGCUUCCUUUUCUAAAAAAUAAUGAAAGACCUAAAUCCUU